CAUUUAAUCAAUUCUAUUAUUGAUCAAGGUCUGUAUAAUACUUUGUUAAAAAGAAGAGAUCAAUAUAAUACGAAUUGUUUCAUUUUUGUGAUUUUUGAUAUAGACGUCGUUGCACUUGAGCCGCUGAAGGGUUGUCAAACUUAAAUGUUAGCAAUGAUGUGAUGCAAAAUAGAAAAAGAAUUAGAGGUCCCACAUGAGUUUGAAGAAUAUUUAUCACAUUGUAUUUUAUUUUAAAUAUAAGAAAGCUUGGGGAAGAAAACCAACAAAAAGAAAAAGAAAAAGAAAACAACAAAAUAUCACAAGAAAGAAAGAAAGAAAGAAAUGUUUCCCUAUUCCCAACCCUAAUAACUUUUCUCUUUCAUCUCAUUAUCCUCCACUUUCAGAUACAAAAUUGGUCCCUCCUCUUUCCCUCCUUGCAGUCCUUCCUUCUCCUUCUUCUCCUUCUCUUUUAUGUCCCUUUUUUAUCUAACAAACCUUAAAUGACCCAAACCAAAACAUAUUGUCAUACUCAAUAGCAUAAGAAUCAAGAAUCAAGAAUCAAGAAUCAAGAAAAUCAAGAAUCAAGAAAAUGGGUAAGUACAUGAAGAAGUCAAAAAUCACAAGUGAUGUCACGGUAGUCAUGGAAUCUACCACCUUAGGUGUCCGGACACGAGCUAAAACCCUAGCUCUUGCUGCCGCUGAUUCCUCCUCCUACAUCCAGCUUAGGAACCGCCACAUUGAAAAGCCUCCUUUAUUGCUCAAUGAAAACAACAACAAACUGCUUCAACAGCAACAGCAAAAGAAACAGCUCAGAGAAACUCAAGAUUCUUGUUUUAACAAGAAAUUGAACUCAAGAGCGACUUCCAGGCUGACUAGAAGUUCAGUUAAAGGGAGUAGGGAUUGUGAAGAGGAGGAAGAAGUAGAAGGGUGUUUUGGGAAGAAAGGGGAAAUGUUGGCUUUGAAGUGUGAAGCUGACGAUUUUGGUGUUGAGGUCUCUUUUGGAGAAAACUAUUUAGAUUCUGAUUCAAGAGACAGGAGCACUAGAGAAAGCACUCCAUGCAACUUGAUAAAAGACUCAGAUGCCACUGGGACUCCUUGUUCAACAACAGGACAGGCGAGCUCCACUGCAACUAACCGAAGAGUUAGGAAUAACAUACAGAGAAGUAUACCGACAACACAUGAAAUGGAGGAAUUUUUUACCUGUGCCGAACAGAGGCAACGGAGAUUAUUCAUUGAGAAGUACAACUUUGAUGUUGCGAAUGACUUGCCUCUCCCUGGACGCUAUGAAUGGGUCCAAGUGAUUCCUUAGGCAGUAUUAAAUCAUUUUAGGACUUUCAUCCCCCAUAACUUGUUUGAUUUUCAUGCAGAAAGGGCUUUAAGAAGGUGGUGAUAUCAGUCUCUGACAUGUUCCAUCAUCCUUCCAAGCUCCAGAGACAUGCAUGGAAGAUGCAUAAAUGAAAAAACUCAUUAUACAUUAGCCAGAUACCAAAUUAAAACAUUGUUGGCGUAGGCGGAAAAGCGAGAGUCGUUGAAGAUAAUGGGGGAGAACAGAUAGUGUAGGGUUUUAGAUGUUUCAUUAUUGUAAUAUUCAGGAGGUAUAUCUAAUAUAAUUGUUAGUUUUUUUUUUUUUUUUAUUUCUUCUAAUUUACUUUUGUCUAUACGUAGGGAUGAACCAUGAAUAUUCUCUUUGGUAAUAAAUGUAACUCAUUUCUCAGUUUUA